AGUCGUGCACCUUUAAUUUCAGUGUGACAUUGGAAGCUUACCGGUCGCAUUAGAAUUCAGGAAACCAUUGUUAUUUGAGGGAUACUGAGGAGAUUCGAGCUCAUUUUCAUCCAAAAUGGUUGAGAAGACUGAAGAAAAUGGUUUGGGUAUAGACAAUCCAGCUCUUACUGAAGAUCAAAAAGACAUCAGUCCCAAGGAGAUUGAAAGCACAAUGCCAUCCAAGGCAAGUUUCUCACCCCUCAAAGCGCCGCCUGCUACGGCAGGUUAUCCUGGGGCAACCAGGGAGAAGUGGAGUAACAAGGCUCAGUUUAUCCUAGCCUGUGUAGGAUAUGCUGUCGGUCUAGGGAAUGUCUGGAGAUUUCCUUACCUCUGUUAUAAGAGUGGUGGUGGUGCGUUCCUGAUCCCCUACUUCCUCACCUUGUUCCUGACCGGUCUACCUCUUCUCCUUCUUGAGUUCGGUCUUGGUCAAUACAUCCGAUAUGGACCGGUAGAAGCCUUCAAGAAGAUCACCCCUCUCUUCAAAGGUACUGGUGUAGCAACUGUGAUGAUCACAUUCCUCCUCACAACCUACUACAAUGUGAUCAUGACAUGGGCCCUGUUCUACCUCUUUGCCUCAUUCCAGAGUGUGUUACCAUGGUCUCAAUGUAAUAUGACCUGGAACUCAGAGGAUUGCUGGUCUCAAGAUGACUACCUUAAUCUGGGUCCUAAUGAGACUCAACCUAAUGGAUCCAUUUCAUCUACCCAAGAGUACUUUGACCACCGAGUACUGCAGAUCAGUGGUGGAAUUGAUGAACCAAAUGGUAUGCGCUGGGAGCUGUUUGGUCUAUUAUUGUUAGCCUGGGUCCUGGUCUACUUCUGUCUCUUCAAAGGUGUUGCUACGUCAGGCAAGGUUGUGUAUUUCACAGCCACCUUCCCUUACCUGGUUCUGAUUGUACUCUUGAUAAAUGGUGCCCUCUUGGAUGGAGCUGGCGAUGGUAUCAGCUUCCUCUUCAAACCACGCUGGGAGCUCCUCAAGAAAGCAUCUGUUUGGGAAGCUGCAGCCGCUCAGAAUUUCAACUCGAUUGGGAUCGCCUUUGGAUCUAUGAUAGCACUUUCUAGCUACAAUGAGUUCAAGAAUAGGUCUAUAGUUAGAGAUACUCUGACCAUCUGUGGGAUCAAUUGUUUUACGAGUAUCUUUGCUUCGUGUGUGAUCUUCUCUGCACUGGGUUACAUAGCUAAGGUCCAAGGAGCUGACAUUGAGGAUGUAGUUGUACAAGGUCCUGGUCUGGUGUUUGUGGUGUACCCGGUUGUAUUUAACACCAUGCCUGUUCCUCAGUUAUGGUCUGUACUCUUCUUCCUCAUGCUGGUCUGUCUGGGAAUAGAUAGUCAGUUUGCUAUGGUUGAGGUGGUGGUAGCGACCUUCAAUGAAGGUUUUCCCAAGCUUCGUCAAUUCUAUUUCAACCGGAAAGAGAUCCUGGUCCUCUAUAUAUGCAUCAUCUCCUUUCUCCUUGGUCUACCUAACAUCACUAGGGGAGGGAUGUACUUCUUCCAGAUCAUGGAUUGGUAUACAGCAGUCAUCUCUCUUUUCUUUGUAGCUAUGGGCGAGGCUGUAGCUGUAUGCUGGGUGUAUGGUGGUAAUCGUCUUGCUAAGAACAUCGAGGCUAUGACAGGAUCUUAUCCUAAUAUCUACUUCAGAGCCUGCUGGUUGAUCAUCUCACCCCUCCUCAUUCUGGCCAUCCUAAUCUUCACGAUUGUGGACUAUAAACCAGUGACGUAUGGUGAUUACGUGUACCCUGCUUGGUGCCAAGGCCUUGGUUGGUGUGUGGCCCUUCUAUCUAUCCUGUGUAUGCCUAUCGGUGCCAUCCAUACAUUGGCUACGUCUAAGGGUUCCAUGAAAGAUCGUCUGUUGGAUGGUCUGAAGGCUCAGUUUGAUGAUGAAACUCACAUCAAGCAAUGUGAAGGACACUAUGACCUUGAUCAUGACCUUGACCUUGACCUUGAGAUGACUAGCAAGCCUCCAUCCUAUGACAUGGUCGUUGGUAAUGUUGCCUAGAUACCUGGAAUGUGGUGUAUUACUUUCUCAUGAUCAGGUUAUCAUUCUGAGCUGUGAGAGUAUAUGUAUAUAUAUCUGUAGAUGAACUGAUUGGGUUUGUAUAGUGAUAUCACUUGAAUCGGAUGUGAAUACAAUUUGGUGACAUAUGUUUUGAUGAUAAUUGCUGCAAACUCCUCUCAUGACUUCAACGCAGGCACCUAACCCUAACCCUAACCCUAAACUCUACCUUACAGCUAAUCACAACCCAUGUUAUACAUGUAACCUUCUCUAUUAGAGGGACUAAAGCCUGGAGCAAUGUCACCAGAGUGUUGUUAGAUCUCCAUGGUGAUAGGUCAGGAUUCUCAGGAAGUAGUGAUACGUAAUUACCUCUGAAUUCAAUUGUAUUGCUUAAAAUGUGAAAGUACAUGUAUAUGUUUAUAAAUCUGUAGAUAAAAAUGACUUUGUUGAUGGUAUAAUGCAAGAAUACAUUUUGAUUAAUCCAUCUGAUUGGGUGUAGAUACUAUGCAUACUAUGUUUGUAUGAUCUUCAUUGUAAAGGCUCUGGAAUAAUCACUGUGUUACAAGAAAAUUAUUUGGGAUGGUAUUCUGAAAACUAUGUUUAGGGUAUGGUAUGUUUUUCUUUAGGUAAUGCCCCUGGCAUGCUCAUUUUCUCCUCUGAUUAGACAUGUUAACUUGUAUCAAGUUAUGGAGUGUUUCAUCUUGUAUCUCGAUCAGAAAAUCAUGUUAAGAUAAUAUAAAUAAUUAGUGAGAAUAGCCUCUUGAAUCCUGUAGAGUGUACAGAAAAGAAAACAUUCAAGUGUUAAAAAAGAUCAUGUUUUAUGUAUAUGAACAGCUACUGCUUCAAAUCACUGCAUGAAUAAUUAGACCCUGAGAAAGUGAUUGGUACUGUAGUGUCUAUUGUGUGAUUAUAGAAACUAUAUAUUUUUUUUUUAGAUUGCAAUUAUGAGAAUUUUUUCAAAUUAUAGAGGUUAUUUCACUUGAUUUAAUCUUCAAAAACUUAUUAUAUGUUAUUAGCUUUUUCACCUGGACGUCUCUUGUUUGAUUUGUGACCUUCAUAGAAUGACCUUCAUAGAAGGAUUUGGUCUGAGGCAGUAUCGAAAGGCAUUGUCUGGGUUUUGAAAAUAGAUGUAUGGAAAGCUCUAGAGGAUAUAAACUCUGUUAAGAGGACGGAUAUUUACUGUGAUUCUUAGUUAUUAGUACAGGGUAAAUUAAAGUGAGUGCAUUUAGUAUAAAAAUGUAUAGUUUUUUAUUGAAAGAAGGGUGGUCCACCCCCUCCCACACCUCCAUCUGCUUACACAGUUUCUCAAAUUAUAUCAACUACAUUGAAGAUAAACUUCCAUGUUUGUUGUAUUUCAUUCAUCUCAGUUUACUUUGUUGGAGCUUAUUAUAGUACUAAGACAGUGUGUGUGGUAUAGAAGAAUGGUACACUGGCAUGUCAGUGAAAAUACCAUUCAAGUUAUCUUUCAACAGAUUAACAUGAUUUAAAAAUCUCCUUUUUGGUUUGGGAAGUAGUAGUACUAAUCACUUUUUAUGUGGACCCUGCGUUGAAAAAUGAUUCUAUUUUUAUGCUUCUUUUUCUAUAUAAAGACCACAUUCAUUGUUCAUGUAGUUUUGGUGUAUCAGUUUACUACAUAUGAUGUAGUGAUAUAUGCCUCUUUGUUUUUUAAGGCUAGGUGGAAAAGAUUCCCAUUCGUCUGUUAUACAUGAAGCUGUAACAAAAAUGAAGCUCUUGUUUCUAUGUGCUCAGGACAGAAUUGAUAAAUGAACUUUCAGGGAUCAUUAACAAAAACAAGUCUUUCAUCCUUAAUCUAUGUACCAGAAGAAAUAAUUAUGAUGAAAUGAGCAAGUGCAAAUUAUAGCGUAACUUCUGACCGUCAUUCAUGUGCCAUAGCAGAGUAUUACAAUGUUGUAAAAUGGGAUCCUUUAAACUUGUGUCAGUAUGAUUGCACCUUUCAGUUAUAACUAUAUAAAAGAGGCUAAUUUGUGUUUACUGUUUUGAGAUGAUAGUGGUAUCAAAUCAAACUAUGCCUUGAUCUUUUUCGUACUUUUAAUAAUCUCUCCAAGCUAGCCCAAAGAAAAAUAUUGAAAGUUAUCAGAAUGUUAAUAGAAUGCAAGCUGAAUUUUGUAAAGUAGACAUUCAUUAAAAAUGAUAAGCAUUGCCAAAUGAUUUAUCACUAGAAACCAGGAAGCUUAAAGAUGAUAAUCUUAUCAGUUUUUAGGUCAACUGCAUUAUAAAGGAUCUGCGUGACAAAGGAUCUGAAUAGGAAAGGCUUAAUCGGUUCAGAAUCCCAGUGCUUAGUUCAGGCCAGUAGUGUGAUUGUCUAUGAUUUGAAGCCGAUGCAGCUUUUAUUCUGACUAGGAGAGUUCAAUGCACAGUAAUGUGUUAGUAUUCUUAUCAUUGUUUAGAUGCUAAAUCAGAAAAUGAUGCUUGUUUCUGAUUUCCUAUCUGAUGCAAUUGCCAUUUCUUUGUAAAUUAGAUUGCAGCACAAUAGUGUAGUGUGUGGUGGGCUUAAAGCUGCCUUAUAAAUACAUUUACUUGUAUGCCUUGUUUGUUGUUAUAUUUCUAGGACUAAACAUUUAUCUGUGCUGUGUAGUCUUUCAUGUGUAGUUGUCUUGUGUUAGGAUAGCAUGUGUACUCUCAAUCAGUUUAAAAGUUUACUUUAAAUGAUUAUGUUGAUGCAAUAGAUAUUUUAUAACUGAAGUUUAAAACUUUGUAUGUUAAGCUUUAGGUGAUGAGAUAAAAGGUUGAUUGUUAAGAGUUAAUUUUUGUUGAAAACAGGGUACCAUACUGAUCACAGUACAUGUAAAUGGUUCUGUUGGGCUAAGAGUUUGAAUGAUUAAAUGUGUUAGCCUGUAUCAGGCACACAUAGCAAUAAUAAGAAACUCUUAUUUCCAUUAAAUCUCAAAUCAUGAAAAUUUAAUAUAAAGAAUGGCUGAAUGUGUUCUCUCGUCUGGAAAUCAUGAAUAAUGACCAGCAUGUACAUCAUUCCUAUACAAAUUCAAGACAAGAUCAUUUAAAUGAUUUCAGAUCACUAUGCAUUUUACUCUUAGUGAGAUAGGUGUGUGAGCUCACACUAUGCACAUUCAUAACUAAAACUUUAUUUUAUUGGGCUGUAUUAACAAACUGCAUGUAGCAACAGCCUAGCAAUUCCUAUCAAGUAAUUGCAACAAAUUGUUUUCUAGCAUAUUGUAUCGAUUACAAACAUCUAGAUCUGAUCAUGUAAUAUGUCAUUGUAAUGUUAGCACAUUUCCAAAGGUGGUAUAUGUCAUGAUGGUUAAUAAAUUAGUGAUAGUUUGAUGAAUUAGACCCAUUGUAUUUUGUUGGUUUAUUCUCAUCUCAAACAUUGUACAACACAUCUUCUUGCAGAUAGCUAGAUAGCUUUCUUUUUCCAUGUAUUUGAGUGUAUCUGUAAUAUGUAUGUUAAAUUGUGUAAACAGUAAUCAUGUUGGAAUAUAGAAGGGUAGAAGUGGGCCAUUUGGGGGACAGUCAAUAUGACUAAUCAUAGAGACAAUGAAUUCUAUUGAUUAUGAAUACUUAAUAUGAGUAGCAUGUAAUCUGACUUCUGUCUCUCUGAGUCGUCCUAAAUCUUUACUUCUUACGGGCUUUUAACCAUUUGGUGUCGAACAAAGUAAUGGGGUGCAUUAAUUCCUUGUUAUCUGUAAGAAGUUAAGAGUUUAGGGGUCAAGGAAGGGUGUGUGUGUGUUUGUGUGUGUGUGAGUAUAGAACCCCUAGUAAUGUUGAGCCCUGACCAGAUAUUAUGCAAACUAGGCCAAUUGACAUGAUCAUUUACUAUUCAAACUUUACUGGUGGAAAACAAAAGGCAAUUUAAUAGUAUUUGAUAAUGUUUUAGAUGUUAAGGUUCAAAGUUUCAACCAAAAUCUAACUAUUUAGUGUUUUAAAAGAAAGAAAAUGUCUUUCUAUGAAACUUUUGCAACAUGGAAAGACAAAAUUGAAUAAUUGUCCACAAAAGUCAUUUAGGGGGUAAUUUGUUAAUACAAUCUGUAAAAACAUUCUGGGUUCUUGCUGUUCAUGACACUUUCACUUCAUUGCGCUCCAUGCCCCCCCCCCCCCCCAAUUUUUACAAA